GAGUAAUAGACGCUGUCAGCCAUCACCCAAUCUGGCUAGUCCUGCCUCCGUAGGCUGCCGCAUUAUUCAGUCUCUUUGUUCAUAUCACCACAGCCCCAAGGCGUUAACUCUUUGUGAUCGCCCUGUGGCUGUCUUUUCUCAAGUCUAGACAAGAGUCUGUAGAGUCUUGUUGAGGGCGGCUUCUUCUGAUGCUGUGUAACUCUACUCCAUUGAGAUUCCAAAUUAACGUGGCUGUCGAAGGCUACAGCCUACUUCCGUGCAGCCAUAUAUUGACAGUCACCCACUAUCUUAUCUCAUAACUCUUCACUUAUCUACUGAUCUACAUCUACAUCUACUGAUCUACACUGAUGGCGAAUCCCCUUGGAAAAGGCCAGUCGGCCGGCGGCUGGAAAUCAUGGACAACCAGGAAGAAGCUGUUCGUUCUCUCGCUGGUCCUCCUCAUCAUCGUCGCUCUGGGAGUCGGUCUCGGCGUCGGACUAGGCAUCGGUCUGGGCGGCGGCGGAGAAGGUGGUGAAGAAGGCUCAGGCGGGGAGACCACAACGCCCGAAGGCAACUACACAACAGCCAAAUGGCAGCCAGCCGUGGGAACAAAAUGGCAGAUCGAGCUGCUAAACCCGUUGAACGACACCUCCGUCGACGCAGAGAUAUACGACAUCGACCUGUUCACCAACGACCAGUCCACCAUCGCAGGACUACAGCAAGCCGGCCGCAAAGUCAUCUGCUACUUCUCCGCAGGCAGCUACGAGAACUGGCGACCGGACAAGGACAAGUUCAAGGACUCGGAUCUGGGCAACGACCUGGCCGACUGGCCCGGCGAAAAAUGGCUGAACAUCAGCUCGGCAAACGUGCGGCAGAUCAUGCUUGCCCGGCUGGACAUGGCGCGCGACAAGGGCUGCGACGGGGUGGACCCGGACAAUGUCGACGGGUACGACAAUGACAACGGGCUGGACCUGACGCAGGCGGACUCGGUCAGCUUUGUGAAUUUCCUGGCGAAUGCGGCGCAUGCGCGGAAUAUGUCGGUCGGGUUGAAGAACGCGGGGGAUAUCAUCCCGUCGGUGAUCAAGAACAUGCAGUGGAGUGUCAACGAGCAGUGUGCGCAGUACAAGGAGUGCGAUACCUACGCCGUGUUUCCGCAGAAUGGCAAGCCGGUGUUUCACAUCGAGUACCCCAAGGGGGAUGAAACCAACAAUGAUCUGUCCGUGACGGCCAACCAGAAGGACGCGGCCUGUGAGUUUGCGGGCUCGGCCAAUUUUUCGACUGUCAUUAAGAAUAUGAAUCUGAACAAUUGGGUUGAAUAUUGUUAGGCCUCCACUCCUUAGGAGUGGUCGGGCCUAGAGACGAGCAUGAAUACGGAGUGCAUGGGCGGAGUUGGUUUCAUUGAUCUGACUGUUGAUGUUCUAUCUGUUUCUAUCUUACUUGAGUAUCUAAUUAUAUCUGUCUGUCUGCAUCGUGAUGUCUCAGUUUCAUACAGCGAUCAACAUGAUACACGGGAUGUAAACAUCUCUCUCACACAUCUUGGCCUUCACAGCACUCCACUCCUAGCAUUGGAACUUGGCGACUCCGUAUCUGUAUCAGGUAAUAGCCGCCGUCCACAACCCUCAGGCAUGAACCAGCGGAGAACACAGCAGUGCGAACUCCGAACUGCGAAAUGCAAACAGCCCACUGGAUACUGAUCUGGACUCACUCAACUGCGCGACUCGU